AUGGAGGCUGAAAUUCGUGCCCAGAUCCCUCACAUCGACCCCGUGCUGUCCGAGUACAGCGCGGGCUACCUCCAGCAUGCAGCAAACUCUUUCGAGCCUGACGCCGACCCCAGCGCGCCCUCGCCGCUGGCCGAGGCUGCGGCGACUAUCACCGCCCUGCUUGUCUCAGCGUCAGGUGACUACUCUAGCCAGAACGAGGCCACUAUCCAGAACCUCGUCGACAAGUUCAUCGACAAGCUCAACAGCGGUGUCGAUGGCGAGCGUCGCCAGAUGGCCCCUUCGGCCAAGAAGCUGGACCAGGCCAUCCACGUAGGCUCGCAGCGCAACAUCUCGUCCACCCUCGGCCUGGCCAGCGGUGCCGUCGACCUGGAGUCCGCCAAUGCCAGGCGGGUCGAGUCCAAAGUCGACCGCAAGAAGCUGGAGAAGGCCGAGCGCAAGAUCCGCGCCAAGCAGGAGAAGAAGGAGAUGCGCUUUGUCGAGUAUGAGGCUUCUCGUCUGCUCGACCAGCCCACCGAGACCCAGUCGUAUGAAGAAUUUUUCAUGAUGGUCAACCCGCUGCAGAUGGGCGCCGACUCGGCUCAGAAGAGCAAGGACAUCAAGGUCGAUGGCAUUGAUGUGUCCAUCAGCGGCACCAGGAUCCUCACUGACACCAACUUGACGUUGGCCUACGGCCACCGGUAUGGUCUGGUCGGUCAGAACGGUAUCGGCAAAUCUACGCUUCUCCGUGCCCUCAGUCGGAGAGAAGUUGCCAUUCCUACGCACAUCUCCAUUCUUCACGUCGAGCAAGAGAUUACGGGUGAUGAUACCCCCGCUCUCCAGGCUGUCCUGGACGCCGACGUGUGGAGGAAGCACUUGCUUAAAGAGCAAGAGAAAAUCACCAAGGAGCUGGCAGAGCUGGAGGAGAAGCGGUCUUCCAUGGCCGAUACUUCGGCCGACGCUGCCAAGCUUGACAAGCAACGCGAAGGUCUUGACGUGACGCUGAGCGACAUUCACGGAAAGCUUGCGGAAAUGGAGUCAGACAAAGCCGAGUCUCGUGCCGCCAGUAUUCUUGCAGGUCUGGGCUUCUCGACGGAACGUCAGCAAUUUGCCACAAAGACCUUCUCGGGAGGUUGGAGAAUGAGGCUGGCGCUUGCUCGAGCGCUGUUCUGCGAACCUGAUUUGCUACUUCUCGACGAACCUUCCAACAUGUUGGACGUCCCGUCGAUCACGUUCUUAUCCAACUAUCUGCAGACUUACCCUAGUACCGUGCUUGUGGUUUCCCACGACAGGGCAUUCCUGAACGAGGUUGCCACGGACAUCAUUCACCAGCAUUCCGAGCGUCUGGACUACUACAAGGGUGCCAACUUCGACUCAUUCUACGCCACGAAAGAGGAAAGACGCAAGACUGCCAAGCGCGAAUAUGAGAAGCAGAUGGCGGAGCGCGCCCAUCUCCAAGCCUUCAUCGACAAGUUCCGUUACAAUGCCGCCAAGUCGUCCGAGGCCCAGUCUAGAAUCAAGAAGCUGGAGAAGAUGCCUGUGCUCCAGGCCCCGGAGAGCGAGUACACCGUGCACUUCAAGUUCCCGGAAGUCGAGAAGCUUUCGCCGCCGAUCAUCCAGAUGAGCGGGGUGAACUUCGGCUACAGCGCGGACAAGCCCCUUCUUGGAAAUGUCGACCUCGACGUGCAGCUGGAUUCUCGCAUUGGUAUCGUUGGUCCGAACGGAGCGGGCAAGACGACAGCACUGAAGCUACUGAUUGGCGCGCUGCAGCCUACAAAGGGCCUCAUUUCGCAGAACCCGCGUCUUCGUAUUGGAUUCUUCGCGCAGCACCACGUCGAUGGCCUGGACCUGAACAUGAGUGCCGUCGGCUUCAUGGCCCAGAAGUUCCCGGGUAAGACGGACGAAGAGUAUCGCCGGCACCUCGGAGCGUUCGGCAUCACGGGCAUGACGGGUCUGCAGAAGAUGGCGCUACUUUCCGGAGGACAGAAGUCACGUGUGGCCUUUGCCUGCAUUUCGCUGCAGAACCCCCACAUCCUCGUGCUGGACGAGCCGUCUAACCAUCUUGAUAUCGAAGCGAUGGAUGCGCUGUCGACGGCGCUGAGGGAGUUCCAGGGCGGUGUGCUCAUGGUCAGUCACGAUGUGACGAUGCUGCAGAACGUGUGCACGUCCCUGUGGGUGUGUGACCACGGCACGAUCGAGCAUUUCGACGGUACGGUCAACGAUUACAAGAAGCGUAUCGCGGCUCAAGCAAACGAAGCGGGUGUGGUUCAGAAGCAUUAG